AUGGCGGAGACUUUCUCCAGUCGUUUCCAUGUUCAAAGCGGCAGCAUCCAUGAGAGGUGGGCCUUGGUACCAAGCCAUAUCUGGCCUACUGUGCGAGAAGUCCGUGUACCUAGCCCAACUUGGGUGAGAUCCGCUGCGCUGAAGAGCAUUACUUCGAGUAAGCUUGGCAUGGCCCACGAGCAAAAGCUAGACAUGCUUCUGAGUUCUGAGGAAUCUACAGCGGCGAACUUUCUCAUUGAGCCGUACUUUGACACGGGUGACUACCAUAUGCCCAUCACGGCCAAGAGCACGGAAGCUCAAGGAUGGUUCAACCGCGGCCUAGUCUGGACUUACUCAUUCAACCACGAAGAAGCUUGCCGAUGCUUCAUGCAAUGCAUCGCCCACGAUGCCGAUUGCGCCAUGGCCUAUUGGGGAUUCGCUUACGCUGCGGGAGCCAACUAUAAUAAGACCUGGGCAAUGUUUGACCGAGAUGAUCUUGCAAAAGCUUUUCCAAAGUGUCACAAGGUUGCUCAAAUUGCUUUAAGCAAGACGGGCCAUGUUUCGCCGCUGGAGAAGGCCCUGGUUGAAGCCUUGCAGAAACGGUAUCCUUCUAGUGACAUUCCCGACGAUUUCGACUCGGUCAACAAGGCGUACGCUGAUGUCAUGCGAGAUGUGCACGAAAAGUACAAAGAUCAUCUUGAUGUAGUUGCUUUAUUUGCCGACGCUCUUAUGAACUGGAAGCCACGAAAGAUGUUUGAUGUUAAGACUGGCAAGCCUAUUGCCUCGUCGCCGGUUUUUGAGGUGCGUGCCAUCUUGGAGAGGGGCAUGGCUAUGCCAGGUGGACUGCGACAUACCGGCGUUCCUCACCUUUAUAUCCACCUUAUGGAGAGGUCGGAUGAACCCGAGGCUGCCUUGCCAGCUUGCGACAUCAUCCGCGACUUGGUCCCUGAUGCGGGUCACAUGUCUCAUAUGCCAACGCAUAUUGAUGUCCUUGUCGGCGAAUAUCGCCGCUCUAUGACAUACAACCACAAGGCCACUCUGGCCGAUGACCGGUACUUCGCUAAGCAUGGAGGUGUCAAUUUCUACAGCUUCUAUCGACUCCACGACUAUCACUCUCUCACCUAUGCUUGCAUGUUAGCAGGGCAAAAGGAGAAGGCUUUGGAGGCAUGCGACCGGAUGGAAGCAACAAUCACCGAGGAGAUGCUCACUGUAGAAUCACCUCCUAUGGCUGACUGGCUUGAGUUCUUCCUUGCUGUUCGCGUCCAUGUUUAUAUCAGAUUUGGCAUGUGGGAAGAGAUCCUCGGGCUGGAUAUUCCAGAGGAUAAGGAACUCUACUGCGUCACUACAGUCAUGGCGUAUUACGGAAAGGGUAUCGCUUUUGCCUCACUGAAUAAACUCGAGAAAGCUGACGCUCAGCGUCGUCUUUUCCGUGAAGCCGCUAAGCGCGUCCCAGUCUCGCGUCUCGACUACCCUAAUCGUAUAGUCGAUGUAUUAAAGGUAGCCACUGCUAUGUUGGACGGGGAGAUUGAGUACCGACGUCAGAACUAUGACGUUGCUUUCGAGGCACUGAGACAGGCUAUCAAGGCCGAAGACGCGUUGAUAUAUACAGAGCCUUGGGGGUGGAUGCUCCCUGCCAGACACCCAUAUGGAGCGCUGUCUCUCGAGCAAGGCAUGGUUGAACAGGCGGCGAAUGCUUACGCUGAGGAUCUUGGUCUGCGUGAAGGCCUGACUCGGGGGCACCAGCACCCGAGAAACGUCUGGGCUUUGUAUGGUUAUCACGAGUGCCUUGUGCGUCUUGGGAGAGAUGCGGAGGCUGUUAUUAUCAAAAGAUUGCUUCAAUUGGCCCAGGCCGAGGCAGACGUUCCUGUUGGUUCAUCUUGCCUUUGUAGACUUGGUAACCCAAGUGGUUGCACGGAGGAUUCGAAUGAUUUAAGAACUCUUACGCACGUCAUCUAUAUUCUGUAUCGCCGCCAUAUGUCCUCUCGCCCUCCUACUCCGCCUAGCAAGGCCCCUUGGGAAGACGAGGACUUCCGAUUUAUGAGGAACGGUACUGCUUGUGAAUGGAGUGAAGCAUAUCAUCCAGGCGGCUAUCACCCCGUUCAUCUCGGUGAUGUGAUAGAAGAACGCUACCAUAUCAUGCGCAAGGUAGGAUGGGGUCAAUACUCCACGGUCUGGCUUGCAGUUGACAUGAAGUUGACCCGCUAUGUAUCUCUGAAGAUCACUCUUGCAACACAGCCUCAGACUACGAGCAGAGACGUGUCUCUUUAUAAAUCUCACCUCCGAAAUAGCUGUCCAGGCCUUGUGACUCUCUAUGACAUAAUCAAGAUCACUGGUCUAAAUGGAGCGCACGACGGCCUCGUCUUUGAGACCAUGGGCCCAGAUUUGACAGCCCUUCUGAGAUUCAGACCGGAAUUCCAGAUUGGCAAGCCAUGGGAGAGAAGAUUCACCAAGUACUUUGCUAGGAGGGCGCUCCUCAAUACGGUACAGGCACUUCACAGUCUCCAUGAACGUGGUAUCAUCCACUGCGACCUGCAUUGUGGUAACAUCCUCGCUUGCAUAGAGCCAAUUGAAGCCACCCGAAACACGGAGCUAAGAUUGAAGCAAUCUGAAAGCGAUGCGCGGCCGCUCAAACGGAAAGAUGGGAAGAAGGACCUUUGGGCCCCUCACUACUUCUCAUAUGGCCUCGACCCGCUUGUAAAACUUGCUGACUUGGGCGGUGACUACGAUGAGACUUCCAACGACGAACAUCUCAUCCAGCUCUGGGAGGUCAUUGGGCCACUGCCAAAGCCUUUGCUCGAGAAGUGGCGCCGAGCAGACCAGUAUCUCGAUUCCAGUGGAAAUAGACUGGAGAUCAAAUCCCAAGAGGAUGGCCACAUAAGUGGUGGUGACGACAAGGACUUGGGCGAUGGGAUGGACGAAGAAAAUGAUGGUCCUCCGCUCGCAGAUCCUGGUCAGUUUCUUUCUCUCGAGGACCUGAUUAUGGCAGAAGGUCCAGGUGAUAUCGAUGAGGCAGAGUCCCAGGAGCUAUUGGGGCUGUUGCGGUGGGUAUUCCAGUAUGAUCCGGCUCAUCGGCCUUCAGCCACUGAUCUCAUUAAUCACCCUUGGCUUCGAUCAACUUCAUGAAGGUUCACAUAUAA